GACAAUUAUUCACAGACUUCCGAUUGCACAUGGAUGACUAAGAACCAGGAGGUGCCGCGAGGAUCGCUUUUGGAUGUUUUAGUUUAAAACAAACAAAAAUCCAACUUUUUUUUUUCUUCCUUUCUCCCCUUCGGAUUGGACUUCUUUGGACUCUACCGGUGGGCUUGCCCCCAGAAUUUGAAUUAACCCCAAAAGACUCAUCCCGAAAGCUUAAAGUUAAUAUAAAGAGCCGCUUUUGGAUUCGGUUGUCUUUUCUCAGAAAGCCGAGAGGAUGUAUAGAAACUUUGGGAGCCAAGGGAGAGGCCACCCGGCGUACAGUGGCAACCUGUCUGGGGCCAACUCUUCAUCUGUGGGAAACACUUCCAGCACUCAGCAGGAGCAGAAAUUUACUAUGGCAGGCAGCAGCCAAUUUGUCCCAAGCUUGAAUGCCAUCACCACAAACCAGGACCUCCAGUGGCUGGUCCAACCCUCGCUCACACAUCCAGGACCUUCGCACUCACCUGUACCCCUUUACCCAUCCAUCGGGACACGGCCGAUGGGUCUGCCACCCUCCAAUUCCCAUCUUAUCAGACCUGGGGUCAUAAGGGCAGCUGCGAAUACUCCACCCUCCACAAGACGCAGGAACGAUGAGCAGUUGUCACGUGAAGAGCUGGAAAGACGCAGGAUAAGGCGGGAAAGGAACAAACUGGCAGCAGCAAAAUGUCGCAAUCGUCGCAGAGAGCUGACUGACACUUUACAAAAUGAAACUGAUCAGCUGGAGGAUGAGAAGUCACGUCUGCAGAAGGAAAUAGCUGAACUACAGAAGGAGAAAGAGAAGCUUGAGCUGGUCCUGGAGGCCCACCGUCCCAUUUGUAAAAUAGAGGACUCUGAUUCAGAUUCUGAUUCCACUCCUUCGCUUUCCUCUUUGGGAGCCAUCAAACUGGAGCCGGAGGAAUCCAGCAUACCCGGACCCUCAACAAACAAAUCAGUCAAGAUGGAGAAGCCUAAACCAAAGAUAAUGAUCCCAGCCAAACCAGUAAUAUCUGUUGCCUCGGUCGUUACCGCAGAAUCAGAAUCGCUCCACACCCCAGUCCUCAUAUCCACGCCAUCCCUCAUGUCCUUCUCAGCCGGCAUGGUUUUCACAUAUCCAUCUACCUCUUUGGAAGCCAGCACCUCCGCGGCGUCACAUCAGGCCCAGCACCAUCAGGCCCAGCAGCCCUGUGGGGUUGCUCAUCGACGCAGUAGCAGCAGCGGUGACCAGUCGGAUCACUCCCUGCACUCUCCAACCAUUCUCACCCUGUGAUCGCCUGGCAAAACACUACAGUUGGUUAGAAAAAAGCACUAAAGGGAGUUAGAGAAACACAUGGUCUCUGUGAAAUAUGAUAGAAAUAAGGAUGAUGAAUGUUACAGGCAUUUCAAGAUGUUUACUUGUUUGGACUCAGUGGACUCUCAGAUGACAUGGAAAUCUGUGGCAUUAUCAGAAUAUGAUUGUUACACUCUUAGUUUUCUUACAUAAAGUCGAUAUAUUUUUACUUAUUUUAAGCUACGAGAUGAAAUGAAUGUCUUAGUGGGGAACAAACUGCAUGCACUAUAUAAAAAAAUAUAUACUCUAAAGAAAAACGUAGGUUCUCUACAAGAAUAACAUGAGAACUCAAAUAAUGCAAGAAUAAUAACUUUAUUUUUUGUCUUUUUAUCUUUGUGGAACUCUUUAACAGCAGAUGUGCUAAUAAACACCAGCCUUAUUGUUUGUACGUAUCCUUUUAGACUACAGAUAUUUAUACAGUUCAUUGACAACUAAGGCUGGACCGUAGGAGUUUAUAUGAAUUAUCUAAUCAUCUAUUUAUUAGAUUUUGAGAGUGUAAUAUAUUUUUGGUAAUGUUUGGACUUUCUAUGUUUGUGGACAGUGCCUUACUGUCAUUUCUAUUUUCAGACUUGUACGAAUUCACAGAGAUUAAAGAAAUAAAGUCUGCAUGAUAAA